GAAGUCUGUUCCGUUUCGUGUCGAUAGUCGGCUCGGAUCUCCUUUUCAGCGCGUUUACCCAUUUGUGUUUUGAGCGGAUAGUUUGGGUUUGCAGUAAAAGACGACGCAUUUCAUCUAUUCCAAACCGAAGUGUAUAUGGAUUAAUAUUUAAUGGUGGUCGGUUUUUGGCAGUGAUGUGAUUUUUUGCGAACUCGGGUGAUUUUGAUCCAAUAUCUUUGUCACUGAAACCCUAGAGCCAUAGUUUUCACCGGAAGCGAUAAUGUUGAUUCCCAAAGAGGAAGAAAGGUGUGGCAGCCUCAAAAUGUCACAUCACAGCGACGAUAACAUGCUGAUAGCCACUAGCGAUUCGUUUUGGGAACCGGGCAACUACAAAAAGACCACCAAACGAAUCGAAGACGGUUAUAAGCUAUGUUCGGAUUUAGUGACGUUAGUCAGCGAACGAGCUGAAAUAGAGAAAAAUUACGCCAAGGCCCUGAAAGUCUGGUCUAAAAAGUGGAACGAUCUAAUCGAGAAGGGUCCCGAGUAUGGCACCACGGAAGCGGCGUGGAAGGGAGUGCUGGUGGAGGCCGACAGGCGGUACGAUUUACAUUCUAAAGUCAGGGACUGUUUAGCGAACGACGUCACGAAUAAAAUUAAGCAAUGGCAAAAAGACACUUAUCACAAGUCGAUGAUGAAUAUAAAAGAGAAGAAAGAUAUGGACGAUAAUUUUAAGAAGGCGCAAAAGCCGUGGGCAAAAUUGUUGCAAAAGGUGGAGAAAACGCGCACCGACUACCAUACGUCCUGCAAAACGGAAAGAUCGGCCGCCAAUCAGGAGAGGAACGCUGCUGGCGACAGCUCCUUCUCCGCUGAUCAGAAGACGCAAAUGGUAAAAAAAAUGCAAGAUAGGGUUCAAAAAUCCAAAGAGGAAGUACAGAAGUGCAAGGAGAAGUAUGAGCUGGCUCUACAGGAAAUCAACCAAUAUAAUCCCAAGUAUAUGGAGGACAUGACUGUCGUUUUCGAUAAAUGUCAAGAAAUGGAAGCUCAAAGGUUAAACUUUAUAAAGGCGACAUUAUUCGACAUUCACAAGUAUCUUAAUAUAUCUCAGGAUCCAAUGCUCAAUCAAAUAUACGAAGAAUUGUAUCACACCAUCAACAACGCGGAUUAUGAGAAAGAUUUGAAGUGGUGGUCUAACAAUCACGGCGUUAACAUGGCGAUGAAUUGGCCCCAGUUUGAGGAUUACACGGAAGAGUUCCGGGACAUCCACAAGGGCAAAUCGAAGGACUCGGCACCUACCGGAAUAACUCUUAUACAUCAGCGACCUGUUGGUGAAGACUUGCAUGAUUACUCGAUCAAUCAAAAAUCGUCAAAAUCCAAAGCGGCGGCAGCUAAACCAAAUAACACCCCCGUUCACGUUCCACCCGAAUCGCCGCAACCCGCUGUAGAAAAGAUCGAGAGCCCGUCGAAUCGAAUAUCGACAAUAACAAACGGAUCGUCAAACAAAGCCAACGACUCAAAUCCGUUUGAAGAAGAAGACUGGGAAAAUGACGCUUUGGUAGAUAACGGUGAGCCCGGAAUACCUGUCAAGGCCCUUUACGAUUACGAAGGGGCAGAAAAUGACGAACUUAGCUUUAAAGCUGGUGACGUGUUUGAAAAGUUGGAAGAUGAAGAUGAGCAAGGCUGGUGUAAAGGCAGAAAAGACGGCCGAGUCGGAUUGUACCCAGCCAACUACGUUGAAGUGGUUCAGUAAUAAAAAGUCUAUUUUUGUUGAUUUUAUUAACCAGCGAUCCAGGUUUGUUAGUUAUUCGGAUACAACUGGUAAAGUUUAUCCCGUUAUUUAUUAUUAAUUAUUUUAAAUGUAUUUAAAUGCAUUUUCAUUUUGCUAAUUUAAAAUUAGAAAUGUCUUUGAGAGCCGUCGAUCCGUACGCGUGUGAUUGCGAAAUUUUGUACAAAUGUAAAGUUUAAUUUAUAGUAUAUAAUAUAUUCGAAAGUAUUCCCAUGGUAAUAUGUAAUGAAGCUAACAUUGAUACGUAUAAAAAUUAAACGAUAGGCCUGUUACCUAGCUUAGAGAAUUAUGUUAACAAUCUUAGAGAUCUUAAGUUUGGGUCGGUGCAAAUGAUUUAACCGAUUCCUUUAUCAACGGCCGAUGCACAUAAAAAUGCAAUAAAGGAAACGCAAUAACUCUCGCCAUCGAAGAUAUUGAAUCGUUUUCUAUUGGAAUUUAUUAUUUACUUGGUUAAAUUAUUUGUAUAAUCUUCACAGAAUGUUUUUACAUAACUUACCGAAUUGUUUUAUUCUAAAUUUUGUAUUAUAAGAAACGUUUGGAUUUGUUGAAAAACGGUACUGAUACUAUGAUAGUUUCAAAUGUAGUUUUAAAAAUGUGUCAAACUAGAUUUAAAGCAAUUGCUCAACCAAAAAUAGGGUUCAAAUUUGGAAAUUUGUUGUUUAUAAGUCCAUUUUUUUUUUUUUUUUUUUUUUAAGUGGAGACGCUUUCCUACAGAUUUGGUUGUCAGUUAUCUAAUCGGAUUACAUAUAUUUCUAAUAGCGCAACGAACGCCUCAAUCUUAAUAAUUCGUUAACUAGAAAUAUAUAUUUCUAAAUAUUUGUUAUGUAGAAACCAUUCUUAUCAGAAAAGGAGCAACUGUAUAUAAAUCGGUACUAAUAAAGUAUUAUUUUAAGAGAG